UAGAACAGCAAUAAGUCGUGUGGAAACCGUCACUGUGUAAAAAAUUAAGUUUAGGUAAACAAACGAGUUAUCAUGUCCAACAACUCAAACAGUUUAAGAAGGUUCAGUGCCCAGGAGCAUGCUUCGGUCAAAGAAAUACAUGACGAUCCAAUAGAUUUAGAUGAUGUGUUACCGAAAAUUGGCGAAUUCGGAGUGUAUCAGAAGUUUCUUUUGUGGUUUGUGUGCCUGCCCGCUUGCCUGCCCUGUGGAUUUUGUGCUUUUAACCAGCUCUUCAUGACAGACACACCCGACCACUGGUGCAGAGUACCGGAGCUGUACAACAUGUCGCUAAAUAAUCGUAAAAUGAUAUCCAUUCCACGUAAGGCAGACGAUAAUACAACCUUUGAGAAUUGUGUACGAUACUCCGUUAAUUGGUCUGCGUUGUUGAGCACAGGUAUACCGAUAGAAGUGAAUGAAAGUUGGCCUGUUGAACCUUGUCUAGAUGGCUACGAAUACGACAAAACUGAAGUGAAAUCCUCUGUUGUUAUCGACUUUGAUUUAGUUUGCGAAUUCGAUGUCUAUCCAACGCUUGGCUUAGUUGCUCUAAAUGUUGGAGGACCCAUUGGAGUAUAUUCUUUUGGCCUUCUUAAUGACCGGAUAGGAAGGAAGAAAUCAUUUUUCGCGUGCCUAACAACUUUACUUCUUGGAAGUAUGAUGACCGCGUAUGCACACGAGUUUUGGUUUUGGGUAUUAGCACGAAUAAUAGUCGGCUUAACCAUUCCUGCUGUUUAUCAAAUACCUUUUAUAAUAUCAUUAGAACUUGCCGGACCGAACUACAGAUCCUUUGUUACUGUAAUGACCUGCAUAUUUUAUACUUUGGGACUGAUUCUUCUAUCUGGUGUAACAUAUAUUUUGCGCGACUGGAGAUCACUGGCGCUAGCCACGUCUGUGCCGUUUUUCUUUUAUUAUCUCUACUGGUUUAUUUUACCGGAAUCUCCUCGAUGGCUGCUAAUGAGAGAAAGAUUAGAAGAAGCAAACACAAUAUUAAAAAAUAUCGCUAGAGUGAACGGCAAAGAAUUACCAGAGGAGUUCACGGCGAAACUACAAAAACAAGUUUUAGAACAAAAAGAACACGGUUUCAAAGAGGCAAAAGCUCCUAGUGUUUUCGCGUUAUGUAGAACUCCAAAUAUGAGGCUAAAAACAAUAUUGAUUACUCUAAAUUGGUGUGCAUCGGAAAUGGUGUAUGUCGGGCUAAGCUAUUAUGGGCCGGCUAUAGGGAGUAACCAAUACAUGAGCUUCUUCCUGUCUUCCGCCGUAGAAAUUCCGAGCUAUAUUGUAUGUUGGAUUCUUAUGGAUCGCGUUGGGCGUCGGUGGCCUCUUUGCCUGUCAAUGGUCAUCAGUGGGAUUUUCUGUAUAGUCACUGUUCUACUGCCAAGCGAUGCUGAAAAUGAAACUUUGAUUUUGUAUCUAAUAUCAAAAUGCUUCAUAUCCGCAUCAUUCUUGAUAAUAUACCCGUAUGCUGGAGAGUUGUAUCCAACGGAAUUAAGAGGAAUAGGAAUUGGGACGUCCGCUUAUAUCGGUGGACUAGGAUUGAUAAUUAUUCCAUUCAUAAACUAUUUGGGAUCAAGUAAUCUGGUAUUACCUCUGGUGCUCAUGGGGGCUGUAUCAGUCGUCGGAGGCAUCACAGCCCUACGGUUGCCAGAGACGCUGCACUGUCCCCUACCACAGACCGCUGAAGAGGGGGAAGAAUUUGGAAAAGAUUGGACGUACACGGAUUGCUUGGCUUGCGGCGGACAGAGGAGCGCAGUACCAGAGUCAGACACUUACGAAAACUUGGACCAGUUAGAAUUAACCCAAGCUCCGUCAACAGAAGAUGUGUUGCCAGAUAUGCAGCCUCUGAGACGGAAUUCAAUGCGGAAAUUAGUUCGGCAAGCAAGCACUCUGGAGACCCAGCGUGAUACUGAUGGAAGUUUGAGAAUGACCUACUGGUUUUAAUUUAAGUUAUUUUAAAAAUAAUAGUCAUAAUUGUAAAAAUAUUUUUUAAAAUAUAUCUAACAUUAAAAUAUUAUAAUAUAAUUUUUAUUUAAUGUACAAAUUUUGUAAUUGUAUUCUAUGUUACCAGCACCAACAACUUAUAACUUGGUACAUUAAAAAAAGGUCUAAAUUUUAGGACACACAGAAAAGUGUACCUACUAAGUACUUGUUUUACAAUAGGUAAAUCGACACUUUUUUUUUAAAUGGUCGUUAAAUAGUUCAUUAUCGUUCUACUACUUAGACCAUUAAUAACUUAAUUCUUAUUAAUGGUCUAAGUUCUACUAAAUUGAAAAAAAAAUAUUUCAAAUUUCUUGAGACGUGUUACAAGAUUUAUGUUUUUUAAUAUGUUUCAUGGCGUCACUAAAAUCCUUAACUUUUAUUACCUAAUUAAUAUCGAUAUAUUUCGGACCCUUAUUCAGUGUACUAUGCGAAAUUAAUGUUGUACCCUAUACCUAAGUUUUUGUUUAUUUAUUUAUCGACUGGCGUCAGUGUUACAAUUACUCAAAAUAGUUAUUUAUUUAAGUUAGCAAUUAUGUUAGCAAUUUUGAUCUCAAGAGGAUUAAUUGUAAUGAAUUGAUUAUGAAACACGGCUAAAACUCACGUGAUAUAAGGUCGGAGUAUGUCAGUUUGGAGCGUGCCGCGUUGCAAGAACCAGCUCAUGACUAAGGACCCCUAUGGGUUCAAAACUAGUCGGGUAUACUCCGACCUUAUAUCACGUGAGUUUUACUCGUGUUUCAUAAUCAAUUAAUAUGAACAACAGGAUAGUUUAAAUUCUAAAAUAGGAAUUGUAAUUUUAAAAAUUUUCGCUGGUGCAGUAAACGGUUAUAUGUUUAACCCCUCAGCAUAGUGUGGGUUUCCAGGGCACAACUAUUCAGUUUGCUCUCGUCUAACAUACGUACGUUGCAACUUCAUGAGAUAAUUUAAGAUGUACGAGUAAGAAUAAUUUGUCUUACUAGGAUAUAAUAUGAAAGCGAGUACUUUAAUAUUAUGAUUGAAGUAGUUUAAUAUGAUCGAAACUAUUUGUCGUAAUUAACCAGACUAUUUUAAUUUAUUGUAGACAUGUAUCGACGCAUAUUGCGCAGUGAAAGUACUUUAAUCCGUAGGUACAUCCUAGCAUCUGUUUCAGAUAAGCGAAGCUCAAGUGUUUUGUUCGCCGGAUUAGCUGAAUAAUGCGGACAACAGACCUUUAGUUUUAAAUGCUCAGUUUUUGGUUUUCAACAGUCGAACUGUUCAGAUAAAACGUCUAAGUGUAAGCAAAACUGAGAACUGCACAAUGCACUGUUUAACUAAAAUCUAAUCGAAAUAUCAUUAGAUAAAACUAAGCAGUUAAAACUAAGGGUCUGUAGCAUGAAUUACUAUCAUAAUGAAACAACAAUAAAAUAUUUGCAUUAUACGUCAUUUAUUCAUAAUUGUCAAUUUCUAAUAAUACAUUUAAUAUAAAAUAUCACAAAAUUAAUCAUAUUAGUCUACAAAUUAAUUAUUAUUUACAAUUAAAAAAAAGUCGAGAAUAGUCUAAGGUCUUUCUGGAAUGUUAGUAGUGGGCAGAAUGCGCCAGCGUGGAGUCCCCCCCCCCCACGACCGCCCGCUCCCUCCCCUCUCUCGGCCGCAAUGCUGGACGCCAUUUUUCUAUUCGGAUGGCAUGUUGCUAGUUUUCAGAAUUCGAAAAAUGCACAUAGGAAAUGGUCAAGAAUUUGAAAGGCCCACUUUACAUUCAAAAUUUAGCUUUCUCGAUUCAUUU